AUGGCAGCGCUGAGACAGGAGCAUCGGUAUGGGCUCUCCUGUGGCAAAAUCAACAAAAACAACCCGAAUCAAACUCUUUAUCACGUCAAACUCACUGACACUGCCAUCCGGACCCUUGAAGGCUACCAGAACCUGAAGGCAUCAUUACCAAAACAGCCAGCGAUUUGCUUCAAGGGGAGCCAAGGAUAUGUAAAGAUCCCAGCGCCAACCCCUGAAGCUCCCGAUGGAUUCCGAGUUUUCUCAUUCUACCUUUCCAGUGACAGCAAAGACAAGCCUCAGUCCAGCUUUGACUGCAUUCAUCAGUAUGUCUCAGGGGAGGGCAGGGAUCACCUGGAGGGCCAGGGUAGCAUUCAGGACAAGAUCACAGUUUGUGCCACAGACGACUCCUACCAGACGACCCGGGAGCGCAUGUCUCAGGUGGAGAAGGACAUCUGGAGCCGCUCAGCAAUUGAGAUCAAGCCAGGGCCAAGUAAGUUUGUGAAGGUCCAGAGGAAGCAGGGUCUGGUAUCAGGCUCAGAUGGCAGCAACAAGCACUCCCCCAGCAACAAGAGGAGCCUGGUUCCUAGCCCUGUGGCACACCGGCCCUUGAGGGAUCGCAUCAUUCAUCUCCUGGCCUUAAAGCCCUACAGGAAACCUGAGCUGCUACUGUGGUUGGAGAGGGAGCGGGCCAGUCUAAAGGACAAGGCUGACCUGACCUCAGUACUGGAGGAGGUUGGUAAACUGAACCCUAAGGACCACAGCUAUACUCUGAAGGAUGAGCUCUACAGACAAGUCCAGAGAGACUGGCCUGGAUAUGUAGAGGAGGAGAAGCAACUCAUCCACAGGCUCCUGAUGAAGUGGAAACUACAGCCACUCCACAGUAGCCAGUUGAAGAGUCCCCAGUCCAACCAGUCAUUCCACAAAACUCCCGGGGACUCUCCUUCACAUCUCAGCCCUGCCAAGAAUCUCUCUGUGAAACGGCCUUUGCCCUCGGACCCAUCCAACUUUCAGACUCCCAAAAAACAAAGACUGUUAGACCAGUGUCUGCCACUGCAGUCACCAUCUCACGGAGACUGCAUCCCCAAUGGGGCUCGUAGCUCCUCUGGUCAUGGAAACUCUAGAGUACAGAUCAAACUGGACUUCGACAAAACCAACAAUCAUCUCCAGGGGAGCCCAAAUGGACUGUACUCACCGCACAAACUCAGCGGGUCAUCUACUAUUCCCAAACCGGAGAGGACAGAGCCAGCUCCCACUGUACCCAGCGCUAAGCCGCCACACACUGACACAUCCAUUUGCACUGAUCAACCGCUCACCAACGGCCAGCAUAAAAAAAAGAAGUCCAAAAAGCACAAAGACAAAGAACGAGAGCGCUUAAAACCAGAAUGGAUUGAGACGAGUCCAGACCUGAAACAUAACCGAGAAAAUCUCAAAGAUCAUGAGGGGGAGAAAACACCUGUCAGUCGAACCUCGGCAGAGGAACUGCCUGAAUAUUUAAUAAAAUACAGUACCAUAAAAGCACUGGAGCAGAGGCAGGAGUAUAAGGACGACUUCUGUGCCGAGUAUGAUGAAUACAGAGCUCUUCAUGCCCGGAUUGGGGCUAUCACAGAGAUGUUUGUUCAGUUGGGCUCAAAGAUCAACACUCUCUCCCCGGGAACACAAGAGUACAAGCUCAUGGAGGACCAAAUACUACAAAAGUACCGAAAGUAUAAGAAAAAGUUUCCUGGGUACCGGGAAGAGAAAAAGCGAUGCGAGUACCUCCAUCAGAAACUGUCGCAUAUCAAAGGCCUGAUCACAGAUUAUGACCUAGCGCAGGAACUCUCUUAGUAAGCAGCUUCUACCCUCAGCAGGGUUUAAUAUGACUGGACCAAAAGACUCCUAAUGGACCCAAAGACUGCCCAGCUGGGACCCGGAGUACCUGAGACACUUUUCACUUUACUCCUUCGAGUAUUUAUGGAAUCAAGGAGCGGGUUAUUUUCUAAAAAGUGGGCCAAGACCACCGACUCGUGAUCAAAUGUUGCCCUUUAACAUUUUGUUUCUUUAAUUAUGAUUAUUGGCUGGAUUCUUUUCUGCUGUAUAAUGGUCCAAUGACGAAGUGUAAGCCAAAUCCGUUUUAUCGGAAGUGCAAAGCAGAUUUGAUCCUUCCUGCUUAAUGCAUUUUUAUUUUAUUUGUUUAUUUGCUCAGAACUUUAACAGAUCUGUUGAUUUAUUAAAAAAUCUUCAAAAGUAUUACAUUGAUGGUACAAUCACUAAUGGGGAAACAAAUGCUACUAAAGCCUUUAUACUUAUCGCACAACAGGAAUCCAUUUAUUUGCUGUUUGCUAAUAGAAAGUCAAUACAUUCACACCAAUUAUUUAUUAGUUACAGUAAUAAGAUCAGAUAGUAAAAAGGUCUCAGCCAUUUUCAAUGUCUCUCCCUUGGAACCCCAUGCAAACACAGUCUUAUCAUGGAUACAAAAAAUACAUUUCUGCAGGACUAAACUUCCAGAGGUAUUUGUCAGUGCAUCACUAAAUGAAAAGAAAAUGUAAUGUAAAGCAUAAUAUGCAAAGUUCUUCAGGCUUCGAUCUUGAGUAAUUUUACCAUGUAGCUGCCAGCCUCCUGUGUCAUUUCUAAGAAAUGUUGGAAUGCCACAAAACUAUUCCUCCCAGUACUUGAAUGCUGGUUUCAAGAUAGUGCUUGUGCACAUAUGAGUGUCAACUUCACCCACAUGUAGCCUACCACCAACUGCCUUUUCAUUAUCAGCUCUCUCAAAUCGUCUGGUUAUUAGUUUAUUGAUACUCACAGUGAUCAUGCUUUAUUUAAGCUUUAGAUGAAUGACUAAAAGCUCUAUGAAUCAUACCUUUUCAACCUACAUGCAGUUUUAAAAGCGUACAGGGUAUUUAAUCAUGGUAAUCACGUUUGAUUUACUAUGAUUUUGCUUUGGUUGAAGUCUGGAGAUUGCAAAAGAGAGGCGUUUUAAUAGUUGGAUAAUGUCAUUUUUAGUACACAGAUGGCACUAUCACUGAGUUCACACCACUUUGGUUCAGUUUGGGUGUAAGGAGCAGACAGACCUCUAGAGGGUGCUAACGACGCUUUUAGACUUUCUGGAAUAAGUUGUCCCAAGGCAGGAUGAUAAGAAUAAACAAACUGUCAUUGUAUUUCACUUUAUAAUUAGCCGUAGACUGAUGUAGGAAAUUGAUUUCAGAUUGCAGUGUUCUCUGGACAUUUGGAUCAAUGUAGCCUUUUCCACAACUUUUGUCUUAAUGAUUGCUUUAGAAUGGGAGCUAGAAUUUGCCUUAACACGUUCAGUAUGUCAGACAUUUCCAAAAUUAUGCCACCCCUGUUGGUUUACCAUGCACAGUUCAAAGCAUUCUCAGACUUUUUAUUGUACAUUUAUUUUAGUUUGAAGGAACUUCAGUUACUGGAUAGUUGUUACUGGAUAGGUAUUGUGUUAUCUGUGUUCGUAUUUUAUUUAUGUGUUUAUCUAAAUCAUUUUCUGUCUCUGUCAGAUAAUCAUAAACUGUUAGGGAAUUUAAGUCACUCUCCAAUCGUAUCAAGUUCCACUUUCAAAAGAAAAAAAUCAUAGCAGAAAUGUAUACAAAAUAAUGUGCUUUCCUUUUCUUGAUUUGUCUAUGAAAAUAUUAGUGGGCUUAUUGUCAUAUUAAGCAGUUAUUUUGCUUAAGGUAAAUGUACGUUGUUCUUUUUUUACAUUUGGUAGAUUACUUCUGGUAUGUUUGAAGGAUUUGAGACUGGCAACUGUUGCUCCGUCUUGGCACAUAUGAAUGUUUCCAAAAAAGGAAUAUUUAUUAGCACUGAUUAUUGGAAAAAUUUGAAUUGAAAGCCCAGAUUCUGAGCAAUUAUUUUGGCUGUUUGGAUCUAUUAUAAAGACAAGACCACACACAGUUUAGUUAAAUGUGCCACAAAGCUCCACUCAACAAGAAAAAUUAUCUGGUGGGUCAAACAAGUGUUUUGUUCUGGUACUGGAUCUGCAAAUCCACGAGACAUGGUUCAAAUGUAUGUAAAGACAGGAUAUACAAAAUGAUGUCCAUGUUCUUUCACAGAAUUUUUCAUUUAAAACCGAAAGGUACUGAAUCAGUGUUUAAAUUGUGGUGAGCUGGUAACAGACAGAAAAACAUUCAGACCAACAGACGUGUCAAGUGAUAAUUUACUAAACAAGUCAAGGGCCUCCCAUUUACCACAAAAGUGGUAUUGGUCAAUUAAACAAUACAUAUGCAAUCAAACAAUCUGCAUUAUGGGCAAAAUAUCAGUCUAAACAGUAUAAAUUAAGUUAUUUAUACCAUUCAUGUCAACAAGUUGAUUUUGGGAACCAGACCCUUGAUGAAGGGUGCUAAAUGUGAUGUGUUUGUUGUUGUUUUUUUACUGUUGCAGGAGCUAACUACUGAUGGUGCCUUUUCAUUCAAAGAGCAGAGCCACUCUGCAUGUAACUGUUUGGUAUUCUGUAAAGGGCCAGCAGUAUUUAAACAUCUGUAGUUUCACACUGGUGCCGCUGUUCAAAGUGCUUUGUUCCUAAUCUAUAGAUUAAGUUGAUAUCAUCAUGCCUUGUCAAAUGUUCUUUGGCGCUGAACUUUUUCCCAGAUAUUUGGCUUUUUUUUUGUAAUACAAGGUUUUCACGAUUAAAAUGCAUCUUAAGUUAGCUGUGCAAAAUAAUGUCCUGGAUUUAGUUUGCAUUUCUAUUUGCAGCCCAGCAAACUAUUUCAACAGAUGUAAUACUGGUGCAUUGAUUGGUGUGUUGGUACUGGAAAAUAUAGUCUUGUUGAAAAUGUGAAAUCAGACAUUUUGCCUAUUAUGAAUCACUGCAAUUGGUCUACCCAGAAGAACAAACCGUUUUUAUUUAUUGAUUUAUAUGCAUUUGUCCUUUUAUGGAAUCCAUCUUUGCAGUUAGUUAUUUUGUUUUCCAGAGUAAAACUCAAAGUAUGGUGAAAGGGAAAGGGAACAUAUUUUUGCAAUUGUUAAUGGUGGAUACUUUAUCACACAGUCAUUCACUUGAGUAAAAAGCUUUCAGAAGAAAAGUGUACGGUUGUCUCAGUUUAAGCAAAAAAUAAAGCUCUUUUGAAUUUAACAA